AUGAGCUCUAAGAGUAAUUCAAUUAAUUGCAAUAAAUAUUUCUCUAAAUUUGGAACUAAUGAAUCACAUAAUAUUUUUAGUGGAGAUGCAGUUUACAUUUAGGAGUCACAAGAAGUUUAAAUUAAUGUGAAUUAUAUUGACGCUCUCUUUGAAGAUCCAAUUUACUUUGGCUUGGUAGUAGAAGAUGGAAAGAAACCAGAAACAACAUGUCUUAAACUUAAAGUAUUAUACGUCUCUAAAGUUGAUCACUAAUCCUCUUAUUUAAUAUCAGACUUACCAAUUAUAUCUUCAAAUAAUUCAAUUAAUUAAUCAAGAUAAUAUUCAUUCAAAAUACCAGUUUCGCAAUUAGAUUAAAAUUUAUUACUCAAUAUCAUUAAUAAUGUAUAUGAAGGAUGUUAUUCAAUAAUUUUUGAAUCAGCUAAUCAAGAAGCUUUUUAAUAUGAAUUUAUCUAUAAUUUCACUAUUACUGCAACUAAGGAUUCUUAAAAACUAUUUGAUACAUCAUUCAAAUAUAAAAUUUUAGCUGAAUAAGCAAAUUCCGAUGCACCAUAAUCUGAAUUAUAUUGGUGUGGUGACUUCGAUUGCAUAUCAAAAUUAAAUGUAACUCCCUCUAUCUUAAUUAAUGACACAUUUUUUAUAAAAUAAGUGAUUUUAGAUAGUGAAAAAAGUAAAUAAUUUUUGAAAAAUACUGAAGUGUGGUAUUCUGGUAAUGGAUUUAAUCAAAAAUAAGAACCAAUUAAAAUAAAUAAUACAAUUCCCGGAUAGGUUAUACUAUAAUUGGAAGCAACUAUUGCUUUGAGCAAAUUAAAUAUCAAGGUGAUUUCUGCUUUAUCUGAAACUCCUUCUCUCAAUAAUAUUGAAACCACAAUUCAAAUUCGUCUUAAAACAUAGUUUGAUAUAAAUGGUAGGAUAAGAUGGUGCACUGAUCUGACAUGUUAAACAUUGUUUGAAGAAUCUCCAAACUUGCACUUUAAUGAUUUAUUUUCUUUUAAAAUUCAUUAUAUACUCGAUAAUAAAAAAGACUACUAUUUUACUGAUGCAGAUGUCUGGUUUAAUGGUUAUGGAUUGGAUAAAAAAGUAAAACCAGUUUAAUUUAUUAAUGCUACUUUAAAUUAAGUGAUUGUUUAAUUAAAAGCAGAAGUAGUUUGGAAAUCUGUUAGGAUUUAAGUUUAAACAUUACUAUUAAAUCCAACUUAAGAACACGAUCCAGGUAUAUGUAUUAAUACUAUGAGUGAGGAAAUUACAUGUAUAAAACCUGAAGGAUAGGAGUACUGUGCAGAUUAUGAAUGUGAAGUAUGCGGUGAUUAUGGAUUCUUAGCAUUUGUAAAUAUGAUAUUACUAGCUUUUAUCAUUUGA